GAAUCAAGCUACUCUGAUCUCUGUGUUUCUAAAUCGUGUAGUCACUCUUGGAAACCAACGAGCUGUUCAUAAUAGUGAAGAAGAAGUGGAGUUCGCAAUUUCUAGCAUUUAGGAAAAUACCGCAACACCUUCACGAUGUCUAUUAUGUCCUAUAACGGAGGGGCUGUCAUGGCCAUGCGGGGGAAGAACUGUGUGGCAAUAGCAGCAGACCGGAGAUUUGGCAUCCAGGCUCAGAUGGUCACUACGGAUUUCCAGAAGAUCUUCCCCAUGGGAGAGAAGCUGUACAUCGGGCUGGCUGGACUGGCCACUGAUGUUCAGACAGUAUCCCAGAGGCUGAAAUUCAGACUGAACCUGUAUGAGCUGAAGGAGGGUCGCCAGAUCAAGCCCAAGACCUUCAUGAGCAUGGUGUCCAACCUGCUGUAUGAAAAGAGGUUUGGGCCAUACUACAUCGAGCCUGUGAUUGCCGGACUUGAUCCCAAAACCUCAGAGCCAUUCAUCUGCUCCUUGGAUUUGAUUGGCUGCCCCAUGGUGACAGAAGACUUUGUUGUCAGUGGCACCUGCUCAGAGCAGAUGUACGGCAUGUGUGAGUCUUUGUGGGAGCCAGACAUGGAAACAGAUGACCUGUUUGAGACCAUCUCACAGGCGAUGCUGAAUGCCGUUGAUAGAGAUGCAGUGUCUGGUAUGGGAGUCGUUGUACAUGUCAUUGAGAAAGACAAGAUCACCACACGAACCCUGAAAGCCAGGAUGGACUAGAGCUUCUGUUUCUCCCUGCACUUCAAACACAAAUGUUUUGUAUACAAAUGAUAAACAAUGCUUGUACUGUCUUUUUUUUUUUUCUUCAAUAAAUAAAUGAACAUAGGUUUAAACAAUGAACUUGACUGAUAUUAUUUAUGGAAGAAAUUGCACUACAUUGCCAUCACUUUUCAGAUCUUUGAUUCAUGUUACAUAUUGUGUUAAAAUUCACCGGUUCUGCACCAAACCAAGACAUGCUUGGCAACUGAAAUUAAAAUUCAAGGAAGACUACAUCAGCAAGGUUGGCUGACCUGAAAAUACGUAAACCUUUCUUUACACUUUUUAAGACAGCAAGCUUGGACUGUACACCAGUUUGAAAAAUAAUAGUGAGAUUACAGAAACCAUUAAAUGGUUCUCGACAUGUCACACUGCAGAGAACACUUGUAGCGACAAUUUCACAUUCUUUUAAAGCAAAGCCUGAAAGGGGCCAGUCCGGAUGUCAAUUCUGAACCCUCAGACCAUGCAGGGGAUGGAAAUGAAAAAAAAUACCAUACCAAGUUGCAUUAUGGGAAGUGUAGAAUACUGCAUUUAUGGAGUUUGACCUGUACUGUAUUUCUAAAAUCUCUUGGGAGCCCCUGAAGUCUAUAUCAAUAACCUAACUGUUCAGGGAAAUGCUAUUGCUUAAUGAGAUGUUUUCUGGUGUUCGGACAAAAAGCCUAACCCCGGGUCUACUUACAAGCCGUUUCCAAAGUUUUUAACUGCGUCUCACAGUCCGCCUUUGUAGCUGGCAUUUGGUCAGUUGCCAUGGAGAUAGCUCAGUUAUCUUGUGACCUAAAUAAAAACCUUUGUCAAACAGUGAGGUAGUCACUGAAGAAAUAAGCAUAGCCAAACAAGAUAAAACUCCCUUUAAUAUGCAAUGAAUCAUUUUCAAGUAACUUUUUUUUUUUCUAAUGUCUGUUGGUAACAAAACAAUACUGUAUACAAACAAAAUUGCUACAUUAAUGUAAACAAGAUAUAAAAAUGAUCAUUAUGGUAAUAAAACAAGUAUUUGCUGCAGAAUUCCCCUUUUUAUGUGAAUUUUUUUUUCUUUGACCAACCUCCACCAAGCUCACGGUUAAAAUUUCAAAAAUAGUCAAAAACAAUAUGGCAACGUAA